UACAUACUCCUAUCUCAAAGCUCACUGUCACAAGGCGGGGCAGCCCCUCGCCAUGGGCGGCAACAACACGGACCCCUCCACCUCUGCCCCGUCGCUCUGCCGCGUGGAGCGGAAAUGGCCGCACUCGCUGACGACCACGCGGUGGACGGCCCCCACGAAUGUGACGAGGAGCGCCUUGUCCGCCUCCGCCUCCGAGAAGGACUUUGACGAGGGCGGCUCGGGGGUGUACUCCCCGAAGCCCCACGGAGUAGACAGCAAGCCGCCGCCUGCUCACAGCUGCAGCCGUGAAGACCGUCAAGUCACGGGCAGCGCCGUCGCGGAGGAGGGCCGGGCCGCCAAGGAAGGCCAUCGGCGGAACGCCUGCCCACGCCCAGGGCCCCCUGCCGCUCACCUUGAGGACGGCUGGGUGGGAGGCGUGCCCCGGGUCUGCCCAGCCUUGCGCGCGACGCGCGGCUGCCUGCGGGUCGAGCUCCCCCUUGCCUGUUCACAACAGUAGCUGUGAAGAGACACCUGUGGCGACGCCGGCAGAUCGGGCUCUCGCCCUUACCCAAGUCCGAGCCG